AUAGAGGCAAAGCUGGAGAAGAAGGAGCUGGGUGUUGCAGGGGAGCUCCUGCUCCACUGGGGGACCCUAGAUGAAGUAGCCCCUUUUCCCCAUUCCCCAGAGAGGCCUCGGACUGGUGGAUGGGUGGAUGCCUUCUCCCGGGCCUCCCAGAUUGACAGGCUUGAAGAGGGCCAGGCAUGGAGCCAGGAGGUGGGGACUCUAGGUCACAGGGUGAAAUUAAAAGGGAGGAGGAGAGCAUCAGCCCAUUAGAACUCACAUAUCUUCCUGGUGAAAAGGUGCCCAGGAGAGGAGCUUGGGGCCAGGGUGUGCGGCCAGGGAGUCAGGGCCGGAGCUCAUCUUGGAGGUCGGUGGCUGGGAGACAAGAUGGCUGCACAGAGAGCUGUGGAGCUGUCCCUGAAGAAGCCUACCUAUGCCGUGUGUGUGGUGGGAGUUGAGACGCUUGUGGACAUUCACAGGGAUGUGCCCAAGGGUGCCAAGACCUUCGAGGUCACUGGGAGCUCCCAGGUGGAGGUCUUUGUGGUCUAUGACCCGGCACGGGUGACGGAGCCCACGGGCAAGGCCCGCUGGCCCCUGGAUACUAACGUGGAUGUGAUUGUGUCUGUGGACACAGCCAGUAAGGACUUAAAUGAUCUCAAGGUGAAGGUCUCCUACUUUGGGCAGCAUGAAGACAGUGCCUUGGGCCAUGGGGUGCUCUACGUCACUGGCGUUUACAUCUCCCUCGAUGUGGACACAGGCCGCACGGGCAAGGUGAAAAGAAGCCGAGGCAACAAGAAAACCUGGCGCUGGGGCCCCGAGGGCUAUGGGGCUGUCCUGCUGGUGAACUGUGACCGGGACAGUCUUACAUCCACGGAGCCUGACUGUGCCGACAACCAGCUGGUGUCGCUGGCAGACCUGCAGGACAUGUCCCCAAUGGUGUUGAGCUGUGAGGGUCCCGACAAGCUCUUUGACAACCACAAGCUGAUCUUGAACAUGUCCUGGUCUGAUUCCAAAAGAUUGAGGGUCUUCUGUGCUCGAGGUGGGAAUUCCCUCUCAAACUACAAGCAGGUGCUGGGACCCUACCACCUAUCCUAUGAGAUUAAGCGGCAGCCAGGGGAGCGGGAGAUCAGCUUCUACGUGGAGGGGCUUGCCUUCCCGGACACUGAUUUCCUCGGGCUGGUCUCCCUCAGCGUCAGCCUGGUGAACACGGGGACCCUGCCUGAGGUACCGCUCUUCACAGACACCGUGGCCUUCCGCCUGGCCCCCUGGAUCAUGACUCCCAACACCCAGCCCCCACUGGAGCUGUAUGUGUGCAGUGUGAUGGAUGCUCAUGGCUCCAAUGAGAAAUUUCUGGAUGACAUGUCUUACCUGGCAUUGAAAGCCAACUGCAAGCUGGUCAUCUGUCCUCAGAUUGAAAACCGAAAUGACCGCUGGAUCCAGGAUGAGAUGGAGUUUGGCUACAGCGAAGCCCCCCACAAAUCCUUACCUGUGGUAUUUGACUCCCCCCGAAACAGAGGCCUGAAGGAUUUCCCCUAUAAGAAGAUUCUGGGCCCUGACUUUGGGUACGUAACUCGGGAGAUCCAGUUCAGUAGAGCCUCCAGCCUCGACUCCUUCGGCAAUCUGGACGUCAGCCCUCCCGUCACGGUGGGCGGCAAGGAAUACCCGCUGGGCCGGAUCCUCAUUGGCAGCAGCUACCCCAAGUCCAGUGGUCGAAGGAUGACCAAGGUGGUGCACAACUUCCUACAGGCCCAGCAGGUACAGGCGCCUGUGGAGCUCUACUCGGAUUGGCUCUCUGUGGGCCAUGUGGAUGAGUUCCUGAGCUUUGUGCCCACCUCGGACCAAAAGGGCUUCCGGUUGCUCCUGGCUAGCCCCAGCGCCUGCCUCAAACUGUUCCAGGAGAAGAGAGAGGAGGGCUACGGGGAGGCAGCCCAGUUUGAUGAGUUGAAAUAUCAGAGCAAGAGAAGCAUUAAUGAGAUGCUGGCGGACAGAAGCCUCCGGAGUGACAGUCUCUAUGUACAGAAAUGUAUUGACUGGAACCGUGAGGUGCUGAAGCGGGAGCUGGGCCUGACGGAGCGUGACAUCAUCGACAUCCCCCAGCUCUUCUCUCUGAAGGGCUCCUACGCAGAAGCCUUCUUCCCCGACAUGGUCAACAUGGUGGUCUUAGGCAAGUACUUGGGCAUCCCCAAGCCCUUUGGGCCCAUCAUCAAUGGCCACUGCUGCCUGGAGGAGAAAGUGCGGUCCCUGCUGGAGCCACUGGGCCUCCAUUGCAUCUUCAUUGACGACUACUUGUCCUAUCACAAGCUGUCUGGGGAGAUCCACUGUGGCACCAAUGUGCGUCGGAAGCCCUUUCCCUUCAAGUGGUGGAACAUGGUGCUCUGAACCUACUCCCCACCAGCCAUCCUCUCUGCCCACCUCCUGGCGAACCCCAUCAGGGUGAAGGCAAGGCAUGUCCACCUGGCCCCCAUCCUCUUGCGGGAGACUGGGGCACCUCCCCCUGAGUGCCUGCAGAUGUGCCGGCCACUGUGGGCACUGGGGUACAGGGAUGGAAAGCCCACGUCUCUGCCUCUAGUGUGGCUUACCCAAUCCAGGAAGGACUGCCCUCACUCUCCCCUUGCCUGGUCCUCGCCCAUGGCCCCUAGAGGUGCUGGGAAAGAUCAAAAGCCUUAGCCCAUUCAAGGAUGGCCAUGAGUGGCCUCAGCCGGGGAACCUUACUUUGGAUUGUUGCUGUUAGCUGCCAUCUAGUUGUCUCCGACUCAUGGCCACCUUGUAUAUGACAGAAUGAAAUGUGGCCCAGUCCUGUUCCAUCUUCAUGAUCGUUGUAUG